AUGGGCUCAACUCAAAGCUUUGAAUUUGAAGCUAUUUAUUUAAUCAUCGAAGAAUCCAAAAGGGGACAAAAAAGGGUAGGCCCAUCUGUUAACAAAUCACCAAGAUUUUCUGUGUUCAAUAAUGAUGGGGAAAAAGCAACUGCAUUAUGUGCUCAGAGUCUUUGGUUCCAUUAUUUUUUGGGUUUUAGGGUUGGUAUUCAAAAGGGAAACUUGAUGAUGCUCUCUGGAUCAUUUUACAUAGCCAAAGAUAGAGAUUCAAGGCCGCAGGGUGAUGACAGUCAUUUUAUCUGUGAAGAGAAGCAGACAAUUGGACUGGCAGACGGGGUAGGUGGUUGGAGCCGCCAGGGUGUUGAUGCUGGAGUAUAUGCCAGAGAACUUAUGAAUAAUUCUCUUCUCGCUAUCCUGACACAGCCAGAGAGGCAGGUGGAUCCAAUGAAGGUUUUGGAUGAGGCUUUCAGCAAGACCAGCGCUGAAGGAUCAUCAACAGCCUGCAUCAUAACCCUUCAGGAAGACAACAUGUUGCAUGCUGUUAAUAUGGGAGAUAGCGGGUUUAUGCUGAUCAGUCAAGGUGCAGUUAUAUACCAAUCGCCAAUUCAGCAGCACUCUUUCAAUUUUCCAUAUCAGCUGGGAAAUUCCGUGAAUUCCAAUCAACCCUGGCAGGCACAGGUAAUCAAGCUUGCUGUAGAACCAGGAGAUGUUAUUAUAGCUGGAACUGAUGGACUAUUUGACAACUUGUCUGAAAGUCAGAUAUUGGAGGCUGCAGCAACAGGGAUUGAACGAGGUUUACAUCCAGAGGAGAUUGCUUGGUCCGUGGCUCAACAGGCUUACCAUAUUUCCAUGGAUGGAGAAGCUGUCACGCCAUUCAUGCUUGCUUCUAUGAUGGCUGGAAAAAGUCAUAUUGGUGGAAAGCGAGAUGAUAUUACGGUAAUUGUCUCGCGAAUUCUUGAUACAUAGGAUUGUUUCCUAGUUGUCCACCAAUCAACUCACUGCUGGUAAGUGUUGGAUAGCGAAAGUAAAACUCCUAGGAAUAAAUUCAAGCUCAAGUAUUUCAAAAUAAAAAAAUAAAAAAAAAUUCAAGGUAAAGGUUUACUGAGCCCAAAAUUUAGGAUGGUCCAUUAACAUCGGAUUCAUUUAAUAUAUUUGGGAAUUUUUUUUUGAAAGAAUGGAGGAAAAUGACGGUAGAUCUUCAACCUUUUUCUUUUAAAGAAAAAAAAGGACCCACUUGCUUA